UCAACUUCACAAAUCAAAAAAAAAAAAAAAAAACCACUGAAACUUCAGUGUCCCAAAAUUCACCCGAAAUUUCUGCCACAAGAAUCACCCGCUCUUCAUGAAACUCGCGAGACAUAUUUCGCGCCGUUUCACUAGCUUCUCAACGCCCCUGAAACCAGAGCGAGUAACCAAGAAUCCGCUCUCUAUCAACGCCGCCAAAGAGCUUCACGCACACCUCCUCAGGAACCAACGCCACGAAGACCCAUUUUCUAUAUCUCCCGUGAUCAGAGCUUAUUCUCUUGCUCCCUCUCAUAUGCACAAAGCCCAUCAUGUUUUCUAUCAAACUAAAGAACCCACAAUGUUUAAUUUUAAUCACAUGAUCCGUGCUUUUUCCCAAAGUAACGUACCCAAUGAAGCUAUUAAAAUGUAUAACCAAAUGUACCAUUUACACGGUUUUCCUGGUGAUAUUAUGACUUUUAUUUUCGUUUUCAAGGCCUGUGCUCGAGUUUCGGAUGUUGCAAACGGUCAAAAGUUUCAUGUUCAUGCUGUUAAACUCGGGUUUGAUUCCUAUCUAUUCGUUGCAAAUACGCUGAUUCACAUGUAUUCUUGUUGUGGCGAUCUGGGUUUUGCAAGGAAAGUAUUUGACACAAUGAAGGAAAGAGAUAUAGUUUCUUGGAAUUCUUUGAUGUGUGGAUAUAGUCAAUGCAAAAAGUUCAAGGAAUUAUUGGGUUUGUUUAGGGCAAUGCAAGAAGCUAAUGUGAAAGCUGAUGCUGUGACAAUGGUGAAAGUUAUUUUAGCCUGUUGUUAUACAGAUAACAUGAAUUUGGCAGAUUCUAUGGUUAAAUAUAUUGAGGAACAUUGUAUUCAUAUUGAUGUUUAUCUGGGGAACACUGUGAUAGAUAUGUAUGGAAAGCGUGGUUUAGUUAAUUUAGCGCGGGAAUUAUUUGAUAGGUUGCUCGAAAGAAAUGUAGUGUCUUGGAAUGCAUUGAUCAAAGGGUAUAUGAAAGUGGGGGAUUUUAUUGAAGCAAGGAAGGUUUUUGACAACAUGAAGCAAAGGGAUGUGAUUUCUUGGACUUCCAUGAUUACAGGUUACUCUCAAGCUAACCAAUUUACAGAUGCAUUGAAGCUUUUUCAAGAUAUGAUGGCUGCUAAGGUUGUACCGGAUGAGAUUACAGUGGCUAGUGUGCUUUCUGCUUGUGCCAAUUUGGGUGCUCUUGAUGUUGGACUGGCAAUUCAUGACUAUAUCUGCAAGCAUGGUAUAAGAGCAGAUGUUUUUGUUGGAAACUCUUUGAUAGAUAUGUAUUGCAAAUGUGGUGUUGUUGAUAAGGCUUUGGAAGUGUUCCAUGAUAUGAAAGAGAAAGACUCCGUUUCAUGGACUUCAGUCAUCUCAGGACUUGCUGUUAAUGGUUUUGCUGAUUCUGCGCUUGAGUUUUUCUCUCAGAUGUUGGAAGAAGGUGUUCGGCCAACUCAUGGGUGCUUUGUUGGGAUUUUGCUUGCAUGCACUUAUGCUGGAUUGGUAGAUAAAGGAUUGCAAUAUUUUGAAACUAUGGAAAAAGUUCAUGGACUAACCCCUGAAAUGAAGCAUUAUGGCUGUGUUGUGGAUCUUUUAAGUCGUUACGGCUAUCUAGAGAGGGCCUAUCAAUUCAUAAAAACAAUGCCUAUACAUCCGGAUGUUGUAGUGUGGAGGAUAUUAUUGAGUGCUUGUAAGCUUCAUGGGAAUGUGGUCUUAGCUGAGGUUGUCACAAACAAGCUUCUUGAACUGGAUCCUUCUAACAGUGGAAAUUAUGUUCUCUUGUCAAACACUUAUGCAAGCUCGGAUAGGUGGGAUGAUGCUACAAAAAUGAGAGAACUGAUGGAGGGGAACAAUGUGCAGAAACCAUCUGGCUGGAGCUCCAUUGAAGCAAAUAGGAUGACAUCAAUUAUAGAGAAAUUGGAUUGAUACAAGCAGUAGUCCUGAAAAGGCAAUGGACAUUAACAUACUAUCACCUGAGUGGUAAUAUUGCACCAAGAUGACCUAAUCGUAAUUUCGAUCCAAAAGUUAGCUGUGAUGGGUUGCAUAUCAUCUUAAAGAAGCACAUGACUAGUACUUUGAGGUAGGCUUGUAUGCAUCCUAUUGUAAUGCAGCUGGCACAGGUUUUCGAAACAUUGAUCUCUUGAAACAAAUUAUCAUCGAUUCAUUUCCCUGCAAUUCUUUGAAGGAUGAGAACCUGGUCUCUGGGAGUUUACAGGAAAUUUUUCAUGGUAAACUAGAGAACACUGUCAGAACACCAACUAUUAAUUGUUUCUUACCGGCCGGAGAGAAGGUAUGCUGUCAAGGUUUCGCCCAAAGACCCAUUUUUUAUUUUUCCACAUUCUGUUAUGGUCUUAUAUAUGGUC